CUGUUUGUCACAAACCUCCAGGAAACCCUCGUUUAUUUAAACCACAGCUAACUGCUGCUGUAACCUGGCUCUGUAGCAACUACUAAAAGCACAUCCCUCUCUGAUUGGAACACGUGUGUUUUCCUGCAGAAAUCUUCAACGCAAGAGGAACAGCUGCGGUUUGAGAAGGAGAGCACCUGGGAGGAUGGCCCAGCAGGUGAGAGACAUUGGCAGCAGCUCCCUCGGCAGCAGGGAAGAGCAGAACUGCAGCCGUGUUAUUACGAUCGUUUUCCUGGCACUCUUCAUCGACUUGCUGGGAUUCGCUCUCAUCUUGCCUCUCUUCCCUUCCAUCCUUGAUUAUUACAGCCAGACUGAGGAUGGAUUCUAUUUGUCCUUGCAACGAGGUGUGGACUGGUUUGCAGCGAUGGUUGGGGUGCCUCCAGAGAGGAAAUACAACAGUGUCUUGUUUGGAGGUCUGAUUGGCUCAAUCUUUUCCAUCCUCCAGUUUUUUUCUUCUCCCCUCACUGGUGCUGUGUCAGACCACUUGGGCAGAAGGCCUGUGAUCAUGAUGACAGUGGUGGGUUUGAUAACAUCAUAUGCACUAUGGGCUGUCUCUAGGACCUUUGGUGUUUUCCUCCUCUCCAGGAUCGUGGGUGGAAUAAGCAAAGGGAAUGUCAGCCUCUGCACAGCUAUAAUUGCUGACCUGCACUCUCCAAAAGCACGGAGCAAGGGCAUGGCAAUGAUUGGUGUGGCUUUCUCCCUUGGCUUCACCCUGGGUCCCAUGAUUGGAGCUUACCUAGCCAUGGAGGCAGAGAAAGGAGAGGUCUUCUACCUUCGUUCAGCAUUGUUAGCGCUCGUGUUUGCUGUGGCAGACUUGAUUUUCAUCUUCUUCCUCCUUCCAGAGACCCUUCCCAAAGAAAAACGGGUCUCUUCUGUGACAUCUGGCUUUCAGGCAGCAGUUGACUUACUCAGUCCUUUGGCUUUAUUUCGGUUCUCUGCGGUCACCCGAGGAGAGGAAUCCCCCUCAGAGGAGAAUCUUCAGAAUCUCAAAGUCUUGGGCCUGGUUUAUUUCCUGUACCUCUUCCUCUUUUCCGGCUUGGAGUAUACCCUGAGCUUUCUGACUCACCAGAGGUUACACUUCAGCAGCAUGCAGCAAGGCAAGAUGUUUUUCUUUAUUGGAAUAACAAUGGCUGUGAUCCAGGGAGGCUAUGCUCGCCGAAUCAAGCCAGGAAAUGAAGUCACAACUGUAAAAAGGGCCAUUGUGUUGCUGAUCCCAGCCUUCUUCUUAAUUGGAUGGGCUGCAAAUGUGACCAUGCUGAGUGCCGGGCUGCUGCUGUACUCCUUCGCUGCAGCCAUUGUGAUCCCCUGUUUGUCAGCAGUGGUGUCAGGCUAUGGCUCUGCCAGCCAGAAGGGACGCGUGAUGGGGAUCCUGCGGAGCCUGGGCGCCCUGGCCAGAGCCCUGGGACCUGUCCUGUCAGCUACAGUUUACUGGCUGGCAGGGGCAGAGGUUUGCUUCACUCUCUGUGGCACUUUGUUCCUCAUUCCCUUGGUUUUGCUUCGCUCCAUCAAGCGGCCAACAAAGGAGGAGUAGGCAGCAACCAUGGCAUCGAUCACCAGCUCCCAGAGACCUCUGCAAGACCCAACUCUGCUGGUAAAGCAGGAGGAGGGAGGGGAUGCGCAAUAACCAUCUGCAGCAACACCACCUUCAGGUCUCUUGCAGCCCUCCACAAGCAGGUCUGUUAAAACCACCUCCCAGCCAGCCUGGCUAGCACUGCAAACAGAAGAAACCCAGCAAACAGGUGAGUGAAGCACUGAGGGCAUCAGACAAGCAGAGACUGGUGUGACAGCAGCACAGUGAGAUCCCAGUGCACCCUGCACCACGGAGCUCUUCUCUGCUCACCUCCUGCCAUCAUCAGCACAAGCAAGACCAAAGCCACUGCCCCAACCCCUGCCCAGGGACGGCUGUGUCUGGGUUUGGCCAGCAGAGGACAAACCCACAGCUGUCAGGAGAUCCUCACGAACACUCUGGGCCUGACAAAAGCUGUACCAACCAGCUGCCUUAAAACAAACAGCAAAUUCAGAAGCCAGGAGCAUGCUCCAGGCUCGUGGAGUCUGCUGAUGGGUGCCACUGGACUGCUUCUGCUGCCUGGUCAGGUGUGGGAGAUGUUUUGUAUUGGUGGGACUGGGCAAUGGUUUCUGAUGCCCAAGCCCUGCUCUCCUGGCAUUACAAAUAAACUGCUACUGUACACCCCUCUGGCCUCUUCCCCUCUCAACCCAAGAGCUCCCGUCUGGGUAAGCCAAAGGGGAGUCCAGAGCUCCACCCAAGGUGCCAAAGGCCUCUUCCAAGGACCGCCACCAGCAGGGACCCCUCAGUGCUGACUCCCAGGCAGGGCUGCUGCAGGUGG